GAAGAAGAAAAGUGAGGACCACUUUCUCGUCGCACGAAACAAAUAUCAUGAUGACGUCCUCACGACUAGUGCAACUCGCGACAUGUGCACUGUUGUGGUGGGUGCCGUUCCUGGAAGUCCAUGUGAGCUUCUACCUUUCCCUGCUUGCACAUGUAGUUACUAUUCCCCGAGCGGUUCGUGCCUCGAGCAGCUCGACGACCCAAAAGAGUUCAACAGCAGCUGCAAACGAGCCCCCAGCACUACCUCUGCACAUUUUCGCGCUUGGCGAAUACGAACAGAGAGGCCCCAAUCGGAUAGACCUCAAGAGUUACAUGAGGCUUAACAUCGAGACGUGGAAAAAGCACCUGACGGUUGCAGAUGCGAAGAGCGGCAGGAUUUAUGUUGAACCGAAGAUUCACUUGCUGAAUGACCGGAACAUGCGAAAAUUCAUACCGGAUUUUAUGCUUGAAAGAAGAAGAACAAUACGAGUACUGCAUAGGUAGCAGUAGAAGUAGAAGUAGUACAAUUCAGGUUCAAGCAUCCACCAUGAUCUGUCUCCCUCUAACAUCCUACCCGAAGAAUAUUUCCGUCUUCCCUAUUCGGCCGCCAAGAGUGACGCAAUGCGCUAUGCCGUGCUCUAUUGGCUAGGCGGCAUCUACAUGGACACAGAUAUCCUACUGCAGAAGCCUAUCCAUCCAAAACUAGUCUUUAAGGCUUCCAGCACUAAUUGUUCGUCAGAAAUGCACAUUUGCUUCUAUGUGUCUUCGUUUUCAAGGGAAUAAGACGGCGCGUAAGCGUAUGCCUUUAUUCAAGAAGACGAAUAUUUAGGUGUAAGCUCUAAAGUCGUCGCACUCUUGUUGCCACCAACGGUACCUAGUGAGCGAGAGGAGUGGAGACACCGGUUUGCAACGUUGAAUAUGGAAAACAAUCAGUUGUUUCGUAUGGAGGAGGAUGAAAGAAUGAGGAACAAGAAGAUGCUGAACAAAGGUACUACUAGUACUACAUCAACUCAGGCAAGUGGAAGUGGAAGCAAAAAGGAAGACGAGCAAGUGGCUUCAUCUGGUGCAGUGCUAGAAGAAGUUGGCCAGUGGGAUGGAAAGAAGCAUACGAAACAGAAGAAAUACGGUAUUCGUCGUCCAAUAGACCCUGACUCUUUGCCGUCUUACAAGGAUGUUUUGGCGUAUUAUAGCGAUUUUGUGAAGAGGAGUGGCAGUGGGAGGACGAGUCAAAUAAGGAAUAGUAGUACCAGUCAAAUAAGGGAUACUGGUAGUACCAGUCUAGUCGAAGAACAAGAACAGCAAGGUGGUCAACAUCAAGAACAAGAACACCACACUGUUGACCACGACCUACGUCCAAUCGAACUCUUCUCCUAUGAAGCCGACGGCCAAGACUGCAAAAAGGCAGAUUAUUCGAGCAAUUUCGUUGCAGCAUCAAGAGGGUCCAUGUACAUGAAGCGAGUAUGGGAAAGACAGAAGAUAUGAUCAUGUUAUUCGAAAACUCAAAAUAACCGAGUUACUGACUGAAAUAUGGGAGGCAGCUUACUAUCGAGGCUACCCUUCCUUCUCAUCAGUAUCUCGGUUAUUCUGAUCAGUUACUUGCUUAUUUCAGUUUUUCGAAUAGGUAAAUGAAUGAAUGACAUGUGGUACUAGUGCUGGUGGUUCAUUUUCGACUUUGGGAUCAUGUCUCAACACUCAGCUCCUCUUGUUGUUAUCACGGUUAUCAGCAUAAGAUCUUAGAAUUUUACUACUUAGGAUUCACAGGAGUGGGUCACUGCUGUCUUCGUUCAUAGCAGUGAGCAGUUGGAAUAAUGAGUCCUCAUCUCAUCAUGAAGCUAAGGGAUUUUUCUAACCUUUGCUCAAAUGACCCAGCAUUGCGGUUCCCAGCAGGAAAUGAAGUUGGAAUCCAAGGUCUGCUGUCUAGACGAUCCAAGUACGCAAUGCCACGUACCCUGGUCAGCACUUGGAGAACGUACUUCACACCUAGUUGGGUUUGGGAAUGUGCAGAUGAACUUUGUCAAGUCUCCUCGUCCUCAAGAAGGAGCUUCAUCUUCGUCCUCCAAGACGAACGAGGAGGUACUAAAAAAGAGACAACAUGUUGAUCCUAUAGCACAUUUAGAACUGAACAAAACAAAAGGUAGUGGUAGUGGUGGUGGUGCAAAGCAAAACUAUCAACAUCAAGAAGGACUACAUCAGAGUAGUAGCACGGACCCUACACUACAUGAUAAAGAAGCUUUGGAAGUUUAUCCACCAGAAAAGAUGACACAGUUUUUCGCGAGAGUACCAGAAGAUGGGCAUCUUUCAUCUGGUAAAACAGUAGUUUUUCCACCAUUUAUGUCCCCAAAGGACCUAGAAGUCCAAAAGCAGGCACAGUUCUCCUUGUUGGAUGCAGAUGAAGAAGAUACGUAUUCAAACAGCCGUCUUCUGUUGCAAAGAGAAGAAAAAGCUGUUGUUCCUUCUGCUGCUAAAUCGACACCAUGGAACAACGAGAAUAACAGAAAUUCCGAAGACCUCGUCAACGGAGCGCCAGAAGAUUCAACUUCCAUCGUCGUCUGUUACCCAAACGAGGAGAAUUUCGUGCCUAUUCCCUACGAGAGUUUUUACCUCCCAUUAGCACAACUGAACGAAACGACACGACUCUCGCAUCCGAACCCCUUGACGCGAACGGGGUAUCACCUGUUCAAUUCCAUAGUCAAUCAUGGAAAGCGGCCCUGUGAGCAGUUGUUGGUAUGGCGAUUAGGUUGAUACCUUUGAUUCGUUAUUUAACAGUAUAAGAUACAACAACUCCUUGGCUUAUCCUUUCUUUCAGACAGGAAGUGGUAAUUUUCACAUGACACCAAGAUCUCGAUCAGUUCCACUUUCGUGUCUUUCCUAUCCCUGCUUACGACCAAACCCACCACUAUCCCCAAUAAAGCGCAACACUCUAACCCCCAACGCCACCCUUCUCACUGGCUUGCUCUACCACCAAUCGCUUUCGUUGACGGGGCCAAAAAAGUAUAGCAAAGACGAGCUGUGGUCCAUCUGUCGUGGAGAUUUUGCCAAGAGGGUCAUGAGAACCGACCCUGCAACAGGAGGAAAAAUUUUGUUAGAGAUCUUGGGGUGAGGAGCAUCAUCAUGGGAGAUUUUGGAGGAGAUAUUGGUUUUUUUAUUGGGAAUCUAGGAUUUUCAUUUUGUGUCCUGAAUUUUGCAUAGGCGUCUGCGAAACACAAAGAUGAGUGGUCUCUGACACAAUUAUUUAUCCUGUCAACUCACGACCUUUCCAAGAAAACACAAAAUAUGAUGCUGAGUAAUGGUCAGACCCAGAGUUAAGUACACAAACAUGAGCAGUCAGGAACAG